CCGAAAAGUGUGAAGAGAGCUUUGUACACCGUGACUGUAUUAGUUGUUGUCCACCAACCUGCACAUUUGAAAAAGAUUGUCUUGGCAGCAAUCUACACUGCUUAGAUGGAUGUUACUGUCCAGAUGGUCUCAUUAUGGAAAAUGGAACUUGUAUCUCUGUGUCGAAUUGUCCUUGUAUUUAUCAUGGUACUGCCUUCCCUGUAGGCUCAAAAAUUGAACAGGAAUGUAGCAACUGUAUUUGUAUUGGUGGCAUUUGGAACUGCACUGAUCAUGAUUGCCCAGCUGAGUGCUCCAUCACAGGUAGCUCUCAUUUCACGACAUUUGAUGGACGUCAUUUUACCUUUCUUGGGAUUUGCCAGUACAUUUUGGUAAAAGGCACUGGGCAAAACAAAUUCACCAUCACUUUACAGAAAGCCCCUUGUGGACAGAACUUUGACCACGCCUGCAUUGAGUCUAUAACACUAGUUCUUGAAGAUGAUGUGAGCAAACAAGUAACUCUCACGAGAUAUGGUCAAGUCCAAACCGGCCCUAACCAAGUUUUUAACUUUAAUGGGGAUAUUGAAAUUCAGAAUGUAUCUUCUUUCUUUGUUCAACUGAAAACUAGUUUUGGUUUAAAGAUACUGUUUGCUAAAGAUGGAGAGAGAAUCUAUGUCCAAGUUAAUGUAAGCUGGAAGAGAAGAACCUUAGGACUAUGUGGAACGUACAAUGGGAAUUUAAGAGAUGAUUUUCUCUCACCAGCAGGGAUGAUAGAAGGGACCCCGCAACUUCAUGCCAGUGCAUGGAAGGUUUCCUCGGCUUGCUCUGUGCCUAUCAAUGUUCCUGUGGUUGAUCCUUGCAAUGCUAAUCAACAAAAUGCUGGGUAUGCAUCUCACUGUGAUAUCAUCAAUCAAGAAGUUUUUGCUCCCUGCCAUGCCUACAUCAGUCCAGGAUUAUACUACCAGCUCUGCCGCUUCGAUGCAUGCAAAUGUGGAAGCAGCUGUUUGUGCAAUGCCUUGGCACACUACGCUUACAUCUGUGGCAAGCACGGAGCCAUCAUUGACUUCAGAUCUCACAUUUCCUACUGUUCUGUGACGUGUCACAGUGGUAUGCUUUACCAGCAGUGCUCUUCUUUUUGUAAACACUCCUGUGCUUCACUUUCUAUGGCAAAUAGCUGUGGUGAUGACUGUGCAGAAGGAUGUAAUUGUCCUGAUGGGAAAUAUUUUGAAGAGUCGGUCAGCUUUUGUGUAUCAAUAUCUGCCUGUCAUUGUCAUUACAAGGGCAAAGCCCUCCAGCCUGGAGAAAUCCUCCCUACGCCAACAGGCUCAUGUCAGUGUCUGAAUGGAACAGUGAAAUGUAUUGAAGCCGCUACAGAAAACACAGUUCACGUAUGCCCUGAAGGAAAAAUCUACUAUGACUGCAGAUCUCCUGUGCCUGGAUUACCAGCAGCGGGUGCGAAUUGUGGGAUCUCUUGUGCACACCUUGCCAUGAACUUCUCUUGUGUCCCUUCACCACCCUGUGCAAGCGGCUGCAUUUGCCCCCCUGGGAUGGCUGAGCAUAGAGGGAAAUGUUAUAUUCCUGACAGUUGUCCAUGCACCUGGAAAGACAGGGAAUUUCUGUCAGGAGAAGUGAUAGCUACACCGUGUUACACCUGUGUUUGUCGGAGAGGAAUAUUCAACUGCACUAGUUACCCCUGUCCUGCUGUAUGCACUAUUUAUGGAGAUCGACAUUAUUAUACCUUUGAUGGACUGGAGUAUGAUUAUGUCAGUGACUGCCAAGCUUACCUGUUAAAGAGCACAGAUAAUUCAAAUAUAUCUAUAAUUGCUCAGAACAAAAAAUGCUUUGACAAUGAUAUUGUUUGCUCAAAGAAUGUUUUCAUCACUGUUGGAGACACUGAGAUUUAUUUUAAUGAGCCUACUGAGAAGCAGGUUAAAUCUUAUUUUUUCAUUGAAAAGAAAUCUAACUAUCAGCUUUGGAAGGCUGGAUAUUAUACUGUGAUACAUUUUCCAGACCAGGACAUUACAAUUCUAUGGGAUAAGAAGACAAUGAUGCAUGUUAAAGUUGGACCUCGAUGGAAGGGUAAACUGGCAGGUUUGUGUGGGAAUUUUGACAAAUAUACUUCAAAUGAUCUGACUACAUCAAACAAUAUGGAGGUGAGAAAUGCACAGGUGUUUGGAGACAGCUGGGUAUUAGGACAGUGCAAGAGCCCAAAUGAAACACUAAGACCAUGUGAGGUACAUCAGAGCAAGUUCCCUUAUGCCAAAAAGGAAUGUUCAGUUUUAUACAGUGAUGUUUUUGCACCUUGUCGCAAUGUGAUUGAUGUGACUUCUUUUGUCAAAAAUUGUCACACAGAUACAUGCAACUGCAACCUUGGUGGGGACUGUGAGUGCUUGUGCACCAGCAUUGCAGCUUAUGCGCACAAGUGCUGCCAGCAAGGAGCAGCAAUUCACUGGCGAUCCCCUUCCCUCUGUGCUUAUGACUGUGAAUAUUACAAUCAAGGUCUUGGUGAAGGACCCUAUAUUUUGGCAAGUUAUGGAGCAAAUGACACAAUUAUAGGAGCUAAUGUAUCCAGUAGAAGGAUAUUUCCCCUGCCUAGAACUGGAGCGUAUGGAAAUGUAUUUUUCAGUUUCAUGAUAACUCCAGGUCUUUUCAAAGAUAAAGAUUUAUCUCUCUCUCUUGUUUCCCUUGAAUCUGCUGAAAGACCAAACUAUUUUCUGUACGUACACGACAAUGAAACCGUUGGGCUGGAGCAGUGGCGGGCAAGUGCUUCCUUUUGGAGACGAGCCACCUUCUUCCACCACCAGGGCCUCUGGAGUCCGGGGCUCAGCUCCUUUGAACUGCACAGUAAAAAAGGCUUUUUCAUCGUUCUCACCUCAUCUGGUGUCAAAGUGACAAAGUAUGAUGAUUCAGAAGAAUUCAAACGUUUGAGUAGCUUUAGUGUUGAAGAACUAGGUGCAUCUGUGCCUUAUAGAAGGAUGUGUGAAUGGCGAUACGAAUCUUGUGCUAAUCCUUGUGUUAAAACAUGCAGUGAUCCCGAAGCAACAGCAUGUAAAUUCCUUCCUCCGGUUGAAGGAUGCCUGCCAUACUGUCCCAAAAACAUGAUCCUCGAUGAGGUCACACUUAAAUGUGUUUAUCCAGAAGACUGCAUACCUGUGACACCUACAGAGUCAGCAAUUGGAACAAAACCUUCAUCGUUAAUCUCUCACAUGAGUGCUACCAUGGAGACAUUUCCUCAGAAACCUCCUCUGUUUGUUGCUUCAGGGACUGAGUCAACUCAUACUGGAAAACAGAGUUCUUCAGUAAGUUCUUCAGAAGAAGAUGGAACAAGGUCAGCCCUAUCAGCUGGAAUCAUCACACAAUCCACUACACCAACGAUCACGAACACAACAGUGAAUGCUACAUCCUUAAAAGCACCUUAUAUUUUUGCAAAAAUGCCACCUAGUUCUUCAGCCAGUUUAUUGGUGGCUUCUGACACUACUGUAGCCUCUAGGAUUUCUACAAAAACCACUGAUUCUUUUGUUGCCAGCUUGGAGAUUUAUACGGCUUCAGCUUCAGUUCCUACCACCAUAGAAGUACCCACGCAUGUGUCACACAAAUCUUUAUUUACACCUGCAGUGACUCAAGCUUCACAGAGCACUAAAGAAACUCCAGAAAUUAUGCUGAUGACAAGUCCAUUAUCACAGAUGAAGCGUACCUCAUCUACAGCUUCAGAAGUUAAACAUGCAACCUCAUUUGAGAGAACUGUAGAUAUUUUAGGCAGUGGUCAGACUUCAUAUGAACAAAGAAACGGUACCAAGACAAAGUCAACCACGACUGAGAAAUCUUCCCCGCCUUAUCUGACAGCACCUGCAGUUGAGAGUUCACCUUUAUCAAGAAAUACAACUUCAGUAAAAAAUCUCUCUCUUUCUGGAGUCCCAGAUGUAACCACAUCAGAUUGGUCCAAAAUCCCAACACAGAAAACCAUUAAAACUUAUUUCAGUUUAACAGGGCCCACAGAGCUGCAGACCAGAACUAAAACAGAUUUAUCUCAUUCUAGUGGUGCAAUGGCUUUGCCUUCCUCUUCAGAGCCUGUGGAAACACAAGCUUCUCUGGCAGGCACAGAAACAAUGGCAGCUAUAGCUGACAAGGCUUCCUUUGGUACAAUGAUGAACACACUGAUGUCAACAUCUUCUGAAUGUGUGCCAAGAUACCUUGAACCUGUUGACAAAUGCAGCCAGUAUGUAUGUGUUAAUACGGGUUGGAUGUUGUACAACCUUUCGAGGAACUGCCCUAAGGAUGUGCAGAAGCCAGACUGUGGUUUUCGAGGAAUGCCAGUUCAAGUUAACACUGAUAGUUGUUGCCCAGAAUGGGAAUGUCCCUGUCAAUGUUCUGUACUGUCUGAACUGAGUGUUAUUACAUUUGAUGGAAACAACAUAGCUCUCUGCAAUACGGCUUCCUACAUUUUAGUCAAGUUACCAGGAGAAACUAUUGUUGCUCAUAUUGAAAAAUGUCCUGCUAAUCAG